AUGGUGAAUGCUGGAUUCAGGAAGCCGACUUACAAGAUCAAUGGAUUCUCAUUCCAGGACACCAACAAUGACAACAUUAGAAAUAACGAUGAUCCAUUCUUAGCAGGCUCCGUCAUCACACUCAAGACCAAGGCCGGUGCAAAUGUUGGGACUCAGACCUCCACCGCCAACAAUCCAGGAUACACUUUCAACAAUCUGGCAGCAGGUGACUACUGCAUGUCUGCCUCGGUUCCCACUGGUUACAACCGUCUGACUGUCACCAACAAUGACAACUCAUUCGACAACACCAACAACUUCUGCUUCAUUCUCAAUGCAGACAGGACUGUCAAUGCUGGAUUCAAGAAACAAUCCGUAGAGAUGGUACUGCUGUAG